AUGGGAUCAAGAAAGACUGCUUUGGUAAAGACAAGACUUAUGAGAGCCUUGAAGAGAAACAGAGAAAUUCCAGCAUGGAAAAGAAUGAUGAAAGAGCAUAGGGGAGAGUAUAACAGGGCAAGAAGACACUGGAGAGUAAAGAAACUGAAGAUCUACUAA